AUGGAUGGGGGAAUUGUGAGGAUCCAAGGAUGGCUGGGACCCAUGCUCUGGCCAUUGUUGUUGCUGCUGCUGCUGCUGCCCCUGAGCUUGGAGGCCUCCUCCACCCGACACAUCGAUGGCUACAGCUCCAAUCAGGCUCCUCAUGAGGCCAGAGGGACCCAGGAGGCCCAGGAAAGCCAGCAGCUGGCAGCCGUGGGUGGUGUCUCCACAGUGUGCGGGAAGCCCAAGGUGGUGGGGAAGGUCUAUGGUGGCCAGAAUGCGGAGGCCGGCCAGUGGCCAUGGCAGGCCAGUGUACUCUACAAGAGUUUGCACCUCUGCGGAGCUGUCCUCAUCGACACCCACUGGCUGGUUUCAGCUGCCCACUGCUUUUUCAACAAAUCCCGGGACCUGGAGAACUAUCGGGUCCUACUGGGAAACACCCAACUGUACCAGCAAACCCAGCACACCCAGAAAAUGUCUGUGAACCGGAUUAUCACCCACCCAGACUUUGAGAAGUUCCACCCCUUUGGGAGUGACAUUGCCAUGUUGCAGCUGCACCUGCCUGUGAACUUCACUUCCUACAUUGUUCCUAUCUGCCUCCCGUUCCCAGACAUGCAGCUGCUCAGUAACGCAUCCUGUUGGAUAACCGGCUGGGGAAUGCUCACCGAGGAUGGUGAGGGGGAUGUGGGAGAAACUGGAAGACUAGGGAGGGAAGGGAGGAGAAGGGUGUCUCUAACACCGCCUUUCAAUCUCCAGGAGGGUAAGGUGAUCCUCAUUGAGAACAUGUACUGUAAUAUCUUAUAUAAGCAAAGUAUUGGCAACAGCAAUAUCCACUCUGUGCAUAAGGAUAUGGUGUGUGCAGGGGACUUCACGACAGGAAAGUCCAUCUGCAAAGGAGAUUCCGGGGGGCCCCUUGUCUGCUACCACCACAGUUCCUGGGUCCUGGUGGGGCUGGCCAGCUGGGGCCUGGACUGCCGGCAUCCUGCCUACCCCAGCAUCUACACCAGAGUCCCCUACUUUGCUAACUGGAUCAACGAAACCAAAAGGCUCACUCCUCUUCCUGACCCUGCCUCCACUCCUCUUGUCACUGGGUCAGAGUCACAGCACCUGAGGGCUGCAGGCUCUCCUGGGCCCUGCACAGCGCUUAUACCUACACAGACUUGGCUCCUGCUGCCAUUUACCCUUAGGGCCUUAUGGUGA